AUGGAAUCCGUAGCACUUUUGAGUUUUGAGGAGCAAGCUCUGAAGAUUCAGUCCUUAAUCAUUUACCCGAUAAAAUCUUGCCGUGGAAUAUCUGUCCCUCAAGCAUCCGUAACUCAGACUGGAUUUGAAUGGGACCGGUAUUGGUUAGUUGUGAACCAUAAAGGAAGAGCUUACACUCAAAACGUUGAGCCAAAGCUUGCUCUUGUUGAACCAGAGCUACCCAAGGAAGCCUUCUUUGAAGAUUGGGAGCCAACAAAGAACUCUUUUUUGGUGGUAAAAGCUCCUGGUAUGAGUCAUUUAAAGAUUCCAUUGAGUAAACCAAACUCAGUGGUAGAAGGUGUGUCCAUGUGGGAGUGGUCUGGCUCUGCUUUUGAUGAAGGAGAAGAAGCUGCUAAAUGGUUUUCAGACUAUCUUGGAAAACAAAGCCGUCUUGUCCGGUUUAACAAAGAAACCGAAUGUAGAGCUACACCUCCUGCGUAUGCAGUAGGUUACUCUACAACAUUUUCAAAUAAGUUUCCCUUUCUGGUUGCAUCUCAGGCGUCUUUGGACCAUCUGAAUACACUUCUGCCAGAACCAGUGCCUAUGAACCGUUUUAGAGCCAACAUUGUUGUGGAGAAUGGUAAUCCUUACGAUGAAGAUCUUUGGGAUGAGAUCAAGAUAAACGACCUAGUCUUCAAAGGAGUUAGGCUAUGUUACCGCUGCAAGACAACAACUGUGGAUCAAGAAACCGGGGUUUCCUCGGCUGAACCAAUCCAAACUCUUAAGAAAUUCAGAGCAGACACACUCUUAAUGCCAGACAAGAAAUCUCAGAGCAAGGUUUUCUUUGGUAAGGACAUGGUUUGGAACUGGAACAUAUAUAACCGCCAAGGCAAAGGCAACAAGACAAUCAAAGUUGGUGAUUCCAUCUCUGUCCUAAGCAAGAUCCCUUCCAUAACUGAAGCAGCUACUUAA